AUGAAUGACUUGCCCCCGUUGACAGACUUCUUAGUUUCCUGCAUGGGAUCCCAAGAAAUGGCUUUUGCCUUUCUUUCUUACAUUCUUUCUUUCUUACAUUCAUUCAUUCUUUCUUUCUUUCUUUCUUUCUUUUCUUUUCUUUUCUUUUCUCUUGUUUUUACUUUAUUUAUUUUUCCUUCUUUUCUUUUUCUAUUCUUUCUUUCUUUUCGUUUGUUUCUUUUUCUUAAUUUUCUUGUUUGUUACUUUUGUUUUUUCUUUCUUUUUGCUUUGUUUUCUUUCUUGUUUUUCUCCUUUCUUUCUUCCUUCCUUAUUGUUUUCCUGCUUUUUCUUUCUUUCUUUCCUCUUGUUUUCUUCCUGUUCUUUUCUGUUUCGUUUCUUUCUCGCUUUCUUUCAUUCAUUCUUUCUUUCUUUCUUUCUUUCUUUUUUUCUUGUUUUUCCUCCUUUAUUUAUUUAUUAAUUUUUGUUUGUUUGGUUUUGUUUGUUUCUCUUUGUUUUUCAUUUCUUUCUUAUUUUUCUUUCUUUCUUUCUUUCUUUCUUUCUUUUGUUCUUUUUCUUUCUUUCUUUCUUUCUUUUAUGCUACUUCUCGUUCUCUCUUUUCUUUCUGCUUCUUUGCACAUUACCUUCCCCGAAAUCCCAUCUUUACAACUCUUCACACUUUAUACACCUCUUUACACCAUUUUACACUUUUUACACCUCUUUACAUUUCUUGCACCUCUUUACACUUCUCUACACUUUUUGCAAUUCUUUACUCUUUUUACACCUCUUUAUACACCUUUACACCUUUUUACACAUUUUACGCCUCUUUACACUUCUUUACGUCUCUUUAUACUUUUUUACAUUUUACACCCCUUUACACAUCUUUACACCUCUUUACACUUUUUACAACUCUUUACACUUCUCUACACUUUUUACACCACUUUACACAUUUUACACCUUUUUACACCGCUUUACACGUUUUACACCUCUUUACACUUCUCUAUACUUUUUACACCUCUUUACACUUUUUACACCUCUUCACACAUUUUUGCCGCUUUACACUUUUUACACCUCUUCACACUUUAUACGCCUCCUUACACCACUUUACACUUUUUACACCUCUUUAUACCAUUUUACACUUUUUACACCUCUUUACAUUUCUUUCACCACUUUACACUUCUCUACACUUUUUGCAACUCUUUACUCUUUUUAAACCUCUUUACACGUCUUUACUCUUUUCACACCUUUUUACCCAUUUUACGCCUCUUUACACUUCUUUACAUUUUACACCCCUUUACACAUUUUAUGCUUAUCUUUAACUGUGCCCGAACCCUAACCGCUGGCACUGUUGAGGAAUUACCAAAUAUCUCAUGCCCCCCUCGUUUUCCGUCUGUAUUCCCUUCCCCCAGAAAUACGAAGCCUGCAUGA